AUGGGAACAGGCAGGGGCAAGGGGAGGGUGCCCGAGGCGCGGCGCAGCAUCGGCCCCGCUGAGGGCAUCGUGGUUCCCCCGCAGCACAGCGGCGCCCCUGUGCCCCUGGAGCUGGCGCUGCUGUGGAUGGUGUCGUGCCCUGGCUUCCACAGCAUCGUGCGGCUCCUGGGCUGGUUCGAGCUGCCCGACGGCUUCGCGCUGGUCAUGGAGCGUCCGCAGCGCUGCCAGGACCUCUGGUACUCGCUGGCCGAGCGGGGGUUCCUGACGGAGCCCGUGGCGCCGGGGCUGUUCCGCCAGGGGCUGGAGGCCGUGCGGCGCUGCUCCAGCCGCGGCGUCCUGCACCGCGACAUCAAGGCCCAGAACGUCCUCGUCAACCUGGCCACGGGCGAGGCGAAGCUCAUUGACUUCGGGUGCGGCACGAUCCUCCAGGACACCUUCUACACACGGAUCUGUGCCUGUGUCCCAUACAGCCCACUGGAGUGGAUCCUCUUUGGCUGCUACCACGGCCGGCCAGCCACCAUCUGGUCCCUGGGCAUCCUGCUCUAUGACAUGGUCUGUGGGCACCUUCCUUUCCACACAAACGAGGACAUCGUCCGGAGCCAGCUCUUCUUCCCUCCCCGGGUGUCUCAAGAGUGCCAGCGCCUCAUCAGGUGGUGUUUAUCCAUGGACCCCACAGACAGGCCCUCACUGGAAGACCUUUUUGAGCAUUCUUGGCUGCAGGAGCCCUGCCUGGCCCAAGAGACAGCAGAGAUCCAUCGCUCCGCUCAGUAGGAUCCAGGAGCCCAGCAAGUACCAGCUGCACGCGUCUUGUGGCACUCCAAGAAAACCCCGGAGCGUUUCCCUGUGGCCGCAGCACGGAGGAGAGAGCGCAGCCGGGGAGAUGCUUCUGCUGGUCCCAGCGAGCUUUGGAGGGAGCGGCUCAGUGCUCCCUGUCCUGUUGGAGAAGCGGUGGCAGUGCGGUGAAGGUGCCAAAGACUGGAACAGGGGAAACAUCCCCCUGCAGCUCAAUGGCAUCGUGAUGUCCCCGCAAGCCGAGGCACAGCUGGCAUGUUCUUCUGGAGCACCACGUGCAGCUGGGAACACCAUCCUGGAGCUGGCCGCUGGCGGGGCAAAGCCUUUUGGCU